AUGGGGCAAUUUUUUGAUGCUAAAGAUAAAACAUUUGUCAUUACUGGAGGUGCGUCGGGACUGGGCGCCGAAUACGCGCAAGCGUUUCUCCAAAAAGGAGCUAUGGCGGUAGCCAUUCUAGAUAUAUCUGAGGAAACUGGAAAACUUACAGCAUCGCGUCUUAACAAGCUCUACAAUGAAAAAGUAGUAUUCGUCAAAUGUGAUGUGAGCAAAGAAGAAGACAUAAAAAAUGCGUUCGAUUUUGUCGUCGUUCAAUUCAGGCAGAUUGACGUUCUUAUUAACAAUGCUGGGAUAAUGAAUGAUGCUCCAAAUAUGUGGAGAACUGCGUGCGACGUUAACUGGCAAGGAGUAGUAUCUUUUACUUUAAAGGCUCUCAAACACAUGAACAAAAAAGAAGGUGGAGCUGGAGGCACCAUAAUCAACAUCGCUUCCACAGCUGGGUUAAAAGUAUUCCCUUGCCUUCCUAUAUAUGGUGGUUCUAAACUGGCUGUUGUACAUUUCGGGCAAAAUCUUGCGACGGAUCCCUUCUAUGAGAAUUCGGGCAUAAGAGUAUUAACAUUGUGUCCUGGACCCACAGAUACUCCUUUAUUGCAUAAUUUGGAAACCAGGUCGUAUGAUCCAAGUCUUGGAAAAGUAUUUGCAGAUACAGUAGGUGGCUCUAAUGUCGAAUAUCAGAAGGUCGAAUCGGCGGCUGCUGCUUUGGUUCAUAUGUUUGAAAACGGUGCGUCUGGAAGUACUUGGCUGACUGUAGAAAAUAGGCCAGCUAAAGAUAUUACUCCAGUUAUAAAUCGCAUUUUUAAAAUACUGUCUGACGAAAUCAAUAUACCAUCUAUUUAA